CAUCAGGCUGGGCAGCGGGCACCGGAACAUCAGGCUGGGCAGCGGAACAUCAGGCUGGGCAAUGGGCACCGGAACAUCAGGCUGGGCAGCGGGCACCAAGUCAUCUGGCACGACAGCGGGCACCGAGUCAUCUGGCUCGACAGCGGGCACCGAGUCAUCUGGCAGAACAGUGGGCACCGAGUCAUCUGGCACGACAGCGGGCACCGAGUCACCAAGCUCGACAGCGGGCUCCGGGCAUCAGGCUGGAGCAUGGGCACCGGGGCGCCAAGCUGGACCACGGGCACCGGGUCAUCAGGCUGGAUCGGGUCAUCAGGCUGGAUCGGGUCAUCAGGCUGGAUCACGAACACCGGGUCAUCAGGCUGGAUCGGGUCAUCAGGCUGGAUCGGGUCAUCAGGCUGGAAAGCGGUUUCUCAGACAGCAGGCUGAC